CGUUCCCUGGCCUGACGCUCGAGAAUGUGCCUGCCACGGAUUCAUGUCAACCUUUCCAAGUCCAUGGGCCCACAAUUUCCUGUUCAGCAUGCUAGAUGAUCAGGAAGACAUCCCGUAAUUCGCCACUUGCGAUGGCUCUUGGCCGCAUGGAGCAAGUGACUGAGGCUGAGCGCUGAGCGCUGAACACCUUUGAACCUUGAUCAAAUGGCAGACUCGGGAAAUGGUAAAUGGUGUACUUGGAUGCGUUAUACAUGCUCAAUCCUCGACUCGUCCCUGCAGCUGGAAGCCCUCGCUCUCAACCAUGGUCUCUCGUCGGUUUCUCCCUCCUCCGCCUCAGACGCAGGCUCGGUCGAGUACUACGUUCCGGCCUCCGCCUUUAGAUGGGUCGCUCUCCCUCCCCGAAAUCUUCGAUUGGCACGCAGUGCACACUCAGGACCACCGUCUCUUUGUGUUUGCCAAGGGCGAUGGCACCCUGCGGACUAUCUACUGGCCCGAGGCAGUCAGAGCCGUGUACACGGGUGCGACCAUCCUUCGAACGCGUCUAGCAGACGCUGCCGUAGGGGGAGAGACUCCAAUCGUAGCCAUAUUGGCACCGUCUGACGCGAUCCCGUACUUCACAAUGAUGAUGAGCAUCAUGCGGGCGAACUACGUCGCGUUCCCAAUAUCCCCUCGAAACUCGCCGCUGGCUGUUGCGCACCUCAUCAACAAGGUCGGGGUUAGUCAUGUCCUCGUCGGUCGGGAGCAGGCCAUGCAGGACCUUGUCAAUGAAGCACUGGCCAUUCUGACCACCCGCUACGAUGCCCACACACUACCGACGCUCUCACCUAUGCCGCUCUUUGAAGAGUUAUUCCUUCCUGAGACAGCUGAGAAGGCUGAGCCGCCAUCCUAUGUAUACAAAGGUCCUGAUGCUCUCGCGAUGGUCCUGCAUUCUUCCGGCUCCACUGCCUUCCCAAAGCCAAUCUUAUGGACGAACCACCGCUUCUGUCAACUGUGUCUCAUCCCUUGGUUCGGAGAACGGGACCUCACCGGCCAAGUAUUCUCGCUUCACACGAUGCCUAUGUUCCACGGGAUGGGUGUACUGCAGCUCUGUUGGACGGCAUCCUCCGGGUUGGUAGUCAGCUCGUUCGAACCAAAGUCCCCAGCCCCGGUCCCGACACCCGACGCCCUCUUCGUGGCUGCCAAGGCGACGGAAAGUGACAUUGUGUUUUGCGUGCCUUCAUUCAUCGAGGCGUGGUCCCGGAACCCGGACUACGUUCGCUGGCUUGCUUCUCGUGGAGGCGUGCUUUUCGGCGGCGGUCCUCUGAACAAGGAGGCGGGAGACUUCAUGACCUCGCAGGGCGUCUCAAUCUUCAUCUUAUACGGCUCGACGGAGGGUGGAAUCAUGAGUCCGAUCCUCCCGUCGCAGGUCGGCUACGACUGGGAUUACUUCAAGUUCCCGGGUCUUGUUACGCCUCACAUGGAACCGUACGGAGACAACACCUACGAGUUCGUCAUGUUGGAGAACGAGUACUGCCGUCCAAGUGUGAUCAACACCAAAAUUGGCGGAGUGGAUGCGUAUGCGUCGUCCGACAUGAUGAUCCCCCACCCCACGAAGCAAGGGUACUGGAAGGUGUUUGGAAGAACAGACGAUCAGAUCAUGCACAACACUGGCGAGAAGACGAACCCGGGACCGCUAGAGAACAUGCUGAAUCAGGAUCCGCACGUCUUGGCGUCUGUGAUGUUUGGGCGCGGUCGAUUUCAGGCAGGGAUCCUCGUCGACCCCCGGCCUCAACACAGGUUUGACCCUGCAGACGAGACGAAGCUGGCGGAGUUCAGGAACAUGAUAUGGCCGACCGUCGAACGGAUGAAUGCAUAUGCCCCUCAACACUCCAGACUCUUCAAAGAGAUGAUCAUAGUAUCGAACCCUUCUAAACCAUUCACUUAUACGGCGAAGAGCACUGCACGCCGGCAGGCCGUCAUUGACGACUACGCCGAGGAGAUCGACGCUGCUUACGACAGAGUUGAGGAAAGUACUCAGUCCAGCAUCCCCCCUCCGUCCCAGUGGGACCACCCCACCACGCUCGAAUUCGUCCGCGCGGUCAUCAACAAAGUCUUAGUCCACAAUGUGGACGAUAACGACAAUAUCUUCCAGCACGGCUGCGACAGUCUGCAGGCAACUCACAUCAGAAAUGCGCUGUUGCGCGCUUUGCGGGACUCCGCGCAGCUCGACACGCGCAAGAGCGUUGGGAACUUCGUCUACGACCUCCACACUGUGACCAGCCUCGCUGCUUUCCUCCUCGAGCUAGCUACAGGCGCCUGGUCAGGCUCUAUGAAGUCUAUCGAGGGCAGAGCAGACAGCAUGCUUGCGAUGGCCGCGAAGUACCUCAAUGAUCUCCCGGAACACAAGUCCGCCACCUCGACUGCCAGCCUGCAUCCCGUCAUCUUGGUGACGGGUACUACGGGCAGCCUGGGGUCCUUCCUACUCUCUCGUCUUGUCGAAGACCCGUCUGUCGCGCGCAUUUACGCCGUUAAUCGUCCUGCGAGAGACGGGAGAGGAUUGCGAGCACGACAGGAAGCUGCUAUGGCUUCUCGUGGACUCGACAUCGCCUGUCUUGAGAACAGCAAGGUUGUGCUCCUGGAGGCCGACAUCUCUGUGGCCGGCUUCAACCUCUCGCAUGAGGUGUAUGCGGAGAUGCAAUCUUCCGUGACGCAUGUAAUCCAUAACGCAUGGAGAGUAGACUUCAACUUGUCUCUCGAGUCGUUCGAGCCCAAUGUCAAGGGUGUGCGACACCUCAUCGAUUUCGCACUGUCCUCCCCGCGUCCAAGCCCACCACGAACACUGUUCACCAGUUCCAUCGGGGUCUUCCAGAACAUCGAGGGCGUCCAACUGGCUGAGCAGUUCAUCAGUCCUGCCGUCGCCGUCGGGUCGGGCUACUCGGAAUCGAAAUGGGUAGCGGAACGGAUCCUCAUGGAAGCAGCAGAGAAGACAAGCCUCGAGACCCUCGUCGUCCGCGUCGGUCAGAUCUGCGGCGCGCCCGACGGAGCGUGGAACGCGCACGAAUGGUUCCCGUCCAUGGUGCAGAGUGCCCCAAUCCUCGGUUGUUUCCCGGAUGAUCCCAAGGCGGUGUCAUGGGUGCCUCUCGCCACAGCAGCCAGCGCCCUCGCCGGGCUCGUACACGCCGCAUACAAGAAGGACGUCAUUCAUUUGAUCCAUCCCCGCCCCGUCACCUGGUCCUCGCUCGCCGCCGUCAUCGCAGACGAGCUCGACGUCUCCCUUGUCCCCUUCGCCGAAUGGCUGUCCAGGCUCGAAGCGCUGCACGACGCACCCCCUCGUCGGCCAGACGCACGCACGGAAGUCGAGCUGCUGCGCACUGUUCGGGCACUGCGCGUGCUUCCAUGGUACCAGGGGCUCCAGACAUCGCGAAGCGGCACAGAGGCGCUGGGCUUCCCCGCGCUCUCCGUGGCACGGGCGAAGGAGCUGUCUCCUGUAUUGGCGGAGGCGGCCUCGCUGAGUAGCGAGGAUGUGAGGAAGUGGCUAGCAUUCUGGCGGGAGACGCAGUCGCUUUGACUCCUACCGUUGUCUACCAUAGAUGCAUGGUAACGUUUUCGUGUCAAACUGAAUAGAUUCGUGACUGUCUCUGCGAUGUCAAGCGUUCGCUCGCGCGC